AUGUCCUGGUUCAAGAAUGGCGAGGCCAUUAUCGCUAGCGAUUACUUUGUGAUCGAACCUACGAAAUUACGCAUACUUGGUCUUGUAAAAGCUGACCAAGGUGUGUAUCAAUGCAUUGCCGAAAACGAAGCAGGCAGUGAUCAGGCCGCAGCUCAGCUUUUGGUCGAUAGUGCAGGUCCUACUUACCUAUCCACCAUUGGUGUGGAUAGCAGUACACUGAGUGUCCGAACUAGUCCUAUUUCUUUUCCAGCGGAUGACUCAUCAUCUGUAGCAGCCUCUUCUGGUCAACCGAAGAUCGCUUCUGCACCAUUAGGUCUCAAAGUUGGGUCUCUGGGAAGUCGAUUUGUGAAUCUCGAGUGGGAUCCACCCCUAUCGCGAAAUGGUAACAUCAUGCGAUAUCAUGUGUUUUACAAGGAAGAAGACAGCGACAGGGAGAGAAUGCUGAACUCAUCAUCGACUUCGGUAACAGUCACUUCAUUGCAACCGAAUACGCUGUACUUAUUGCGCGUAGCGGCUGAGAACGAAGCUGGUAUGGGGAAAAUCAGUGAUCACGUAAAGGUUACCACUAAAAAAGAACAAGCCGUACCAGGUCGAGUCACUAAUUUGGUUGCCCGGGCGCUAGGUCCUCAAACUAUCGAAGUGAAAUGGGAUCCCCCUCAGGGAGGGCCUAAAGCCUUACGAUACAAACUGUUCUACAUAAGAAAUCCACCGGAGGAUGAUGACAAAGAAACGCAAACCAUUAUUUCGUCUACAGCGUAUACUUUACAUGGGAUGGACAAGUUCACUGAGUACCAGAUUAGGGUUGAAGCUGAAGGAGAAAAUGGAAGUGGUCUGAGUAGCUACCCGUUGAAGGUGAGUGUGUAA